UUCCCAGAGCAUAACAAGUGCUGCAGAAAAAGGGACUAUGGGCUGCAGAAAAGAAAAACAGCUAGUCAGAUUUGGGUCUUCAUAUGCUAAAUGGCCUUAUCACAGCAGAUUAGUUGGAGCUGAUCUUUAACCUCUCUUGAACAAUUUGGCAUGUUUUAAAUACCAGAAGUGGAAAUUUCAAUUUUUGUGCUCAAAGUAACUCAAGGUUCGGUCAAGGAAAGUGUGAAAGCUGCAAAGAGAAGUGUGAGAGAAGCAAGUUAAGGAAGAUGGUAGGUUGCCAAAAACGCAGGACAGAGGAGGAAACUCAGGAUACCUAUGCAUCCAAAUUUCAACGAAAGACUCUGAUUGCACCUGCUCCAUUUGCAGAUGAAAUAAGCUGUCAGUGCCAAGCCCCACAUGAGAAACUAACCAUCACUCAGGCCCGCCUGGGAACACCAGUUGACAGACCAGUUAGAGUGUAUGCAGAUGGGAUAUUUGACCUCUUCCACUCCGGCCAUGCUAGAGCUCUUAUGCAAGCCAAAACUCUCUUCCCAAAUAGCUACUUAUUAGUAGGAGUUUGCAGUGAUGAUCUAACCCACAAGUUCAAAGGCUUCACCGUAAUGAAUGAAACUGAGCGGUAUGAAGCACUCAGACACUGUCGCUACGUAGAUGAAGUCAUCAGAGAUGCUCCAUGGACACUCACACCGGAGUUCCUAGAAAAACAUAAGAUUGAUUUUGUAGCCCAUGAUGACAUUCCAUACUCUUCCGCUGGCUCAGAUGAUGUGUACAAGCACAUAAAGGAAGCAGGAAUGUUUGUGCCAACACAGAGAACUGAAGGUAUCUCAACAUCAGACAUCAUUACUAGAAUUGUACGAGACUAUGAUGUCUACGCUCGACGCAACCUCCAAAGAGGAUAUACCGCCAAAGAGCUGAAUGUUAGUUUUAUAAAUGAAAAGAAAUAUCGCUUUCAGAACCAGGUAGACAAAAUGAAAGAAAAAGUGAAAAAUGUAGAGGAAAAAUCAAAAGAAUUUGUUAAUAAGGUGGAAGAGAAGAGUCAUGACCUCAUUCAGAAAUGGGAAGAGAAGUCCAGAGAGUUCAUUGGCAACUUUUUAGAGCUGUUUGGACCCGACGGAGCUUGGAAACAGAUGUUUCAGGAGCGAAGUGGCCGAAUGCUCCAGGCCUUGUCGCCGAGGCAGAGCCCAACCAGCAGCCCAACACGCGGCCGCUCUCCAUCCCGCUCUCCAUCGCCGCCCUCCCCCUGGUUGUUCAAUAAAGCCUCACCCCCUUCCUCUCCGAAAGCGGCCUCGGCCUCCAUCAGCAGCAUGAGCGAAGGAGAUGAGGAUGAGAAGUAAAGAAAAAUAAACGAUAAAAAAAAAAAAAAGAUACCAACACUCAUAUAACAUGCAGGUGGCUGGGAGGAGAGGAACUACAUACAGCUGUUGCUGACAGAGGCGAGUGCGCUGUAGGAAAAGGCAUUGCAAGAGGAGUGGUGCAUUGCCAGGGACGAGUUCUCAGGAACAGCUCACCCCUGCCCCAUUUCCUCUUGGGGCUCAGACACACCCGGACAACUAACUGACACAUGACCUUGGAGUAAGUACCUGUCACUAGUCACUACUUGCUGCAGCUGCUAGGGCCAGCCAAGAACCUCGGGGAAUUUGCAGUGCAGGGGAACGUUCAGCCCCUGAGCUAGACUGAGUGAGCAUGUGCACAGCAGCACUGUGUGAAGAGACAAUUUAGCCACUUCUGGACUCUGCAUGCACCUAGGGUGACCCAACAAUAUUAGGGGCUUGAUCGUAUAUAGGCGUUGUACCCCCUCCCUCCCCACCUUUGGGGGGAAAAAAGUGUCCUGAUUUUUCACACUUGCUCUCUGGUCACCCUACUAAACUUGAGCCCUGCCAGUGCGAUGAGGUCUCUCGUCACAGCAGCAAAAAACUUCUCCAGUACAGGAAAUGUGUUUUUUUCUUUCAAAAUAAAAAAAGCCACCAAAAAACUAAACCAGGCCAGUGCAACGGGGAUCUGGCCAGUCGGCACUGGAGAUGCAUUGAGCAGAUUGAGUUGAAUGAAGAUUUGCUGACCAGGCCUUUGUCAGGGCAUGUGCAAAGGUUAAUAUAGCCUGAAUCCCAUUUGCUUUAGCAAAUCUCACUCCUUGUUCCUAGUGCCUCAGAAGCCACCUGUUGUGUUCUGGUUUUCUUUGUGACAUUGCUUUGAAGGCUGCAGCGUAGGACAGCGAAUGUCCUUGCUGGGAUUUCUUGUCUGGGAAAAAAAUAUUUUAAAAGAAUUGGGCUAUUUUAGUGAUCACCUUAAUCAACACAGGAGCCAAAGCCCCUCAGCCACAUUUCUCCUGGGCCUACCAUACCUUCGGAGAUGUCAGUUAUCAACCGACUGUCUAUGCAACAGCGUUUCUGCCCAUCCCAUGUAUCAAUCAGAUCAACCUUAAAACUUUUGGCAUUUCUCUAAACAAGACCAAAGCAUGUAUGCACUGUCCGUUCUUUUACAGCUAGGUAUACAGUACAUGCAUGCACACACAUGGAUAUGCAUUCCCAGUCUGGGAUCCAGGUUAACUGCCUGCUGGCACCUGCUCUUAAUACAUCCAAACAUUGGCAGCCCAAUUGGAAAAUAAUUAAACUAUAUGCACAGAAUUGGAUGCUGGUGUUUUCCCUCCUUCCCUCAGAGCAGCCUCAUAGCCCUAAUGGAGCCACAAAGACAUCAACUUUAAGAAUUUUUCUCCUUUUUACAUGAUCAUGUUGACAUCACUAGCCUCUCAGCUCAGCAUGAGAUGAGACUUCUCUCAUACGCCAUCUACGCCAGAUGAGCAACGACUGGGAGGGGUGGCUGUUGGAUUGGGUGACCUACAGCUUUGUGGCUGGCUGGCUGAACUACCUCCCAUAAGACUCCCACGUUCCUCCCAACCUGGAAAAUGAGAUUAGAAACUGAUCGGACAGCACUACAGAGAAGUGAUCUGCUCCAUCCACCUCUACAUUGAUACAGGGGUCCCCAAACUGUGCAUCAUGCCCCCCUGGGGCAGGGAGGGAGUGCCACCCAGCUCCACUCCCAGCCCUGGCCCUAGCUAUGGCCCCAAGGGUGGUGCAAGGUAAAAAGUUUGGGGACCACUGCUCUAGAGACUGCUGCACUGGACCUACCUGUGUUCUUAUGCUAGCAUGUCAAGUGUUUCUUCAUCUAGUCCACUGAGCAGUUUGGGCACCAAACCAGCAAGGCAUACUAAACCUGCAAUACAUUCCAAUUUGCAGCCUGCAAGGCAGCCAGAACAAGGGAUGGCAUGGACAACAGUAGCCAAAAGCCAACUGCUCCACUCGCUUCCUUCAUGCUGCGAGCACGUCCCAGGGUGAAAGUUACUGUAGAUUGUAGUAUUCUUCAUUUUGUUGGUUUCCUGUAUAGACAGGACAACACAGCUCCAGUGGGGAGGAGAGAGAGGCAGAGACAUCAAUCAGCAAAAGAAGAGGACUCUGCUCCAGCCCAUGAAGAACAGACUAGCAGUAACAUUUCAGAGAGGCACCAAGAAUAGGAGUUUGUGAAAAACAGGUGUUGGUGUGUAAAUGUACGGUGUGUAUUCAUGUAUAUUAGGGUACUGGCAGUAGUUUACCUUCUGGCUGCAUUCCCUUGCCCUGCAGAAUUAGAAAUUAUUGGUAGUGAGCCCCACCCUCAGCAGUUUCCAGGUAGGCCACUGAAGGACCCUAGCUGCAGGCCCCCAAGCCAGCCUUGUGGUUUUUUUUCCUAAUAGCCAAGUAUUCCUUUAUCCACCCAACAAGGCCUAGCUGAUUUUUCAUAUGCAACCUCAGCCAGGCCCUUAUCUGACUCUCUCUCCAGGAAAGACGUCCUUGCUGAGUAACUGGUUUUCUGGAGACACAACCAGUCUCUUUACAGAGAUGCAACAACUGGCAGCUAUCAUGGUACCAGGGGCACUCACUGCUUCUUUCACUAGUAAGAAUAAGAGGGCCACAGUGUCUGGCUGCCACCUGCCCUGUGAGAGAGGAUGGUGUGAUUAAAACCUUCAUGCCCACCUUAGGUAACCAGCUACUGUAAUUUCAUCCCUGGGGUGUGCUUGUUUGUUCUUCUGAUUUCUCCAUCACAAACCACCCCUCCACAGUGAAAACAGCCUGCUCUCUAUGGUGCUGUUUAUACCAAGGAGCCCUGUCCAAAUGAGAUGGAGGCUGUCAGGGUUGGUGGGUUUUUGUUGUUGUUAAAACAAUGCCCUCUGUUCAGCAAAGUUUUGGAGGAAAAUUAGCCUGCUUGGCUAGUAAUGGGAAACAGGAGAAACACUCACCAGAAUGACCUCAUUUUAAGCUUAGCUAUUGCUCCCAGAGUCACGUGUGGUUUACCAAGUGACAAAGCCAUAUACCUGUACCAGAUGUCUGGUCUGCGUUUGGGAUAAGAAAGCCUGAGCGCCUGUUCUCUUGGUAUGGAUACCACCCUCCAUGCACAAUCUCCACCACCCACAGAGAAGACAGCCAAUUUCCUCACCAUCUCUGGACAUACUGAUGGUGAUUUGCACUUUUUGGUCAUCGCUGGGUUUCAUUUUUUAUUUUUAACAAGUGUUGCUUUAUUGUGUUCCUAUUUAUAAGCCCAAGCUCCAUGGGGAAAAUAAAUGAAAUACAACAGAGA